CUAGCCACAAGAACUUCAACCACCAAUGAUUUUUUUAGCAUUACGUUCAUCUCCUGCGAGUUACAGUGAAUGUCACAAACACACGGUCAAAAUAGGGGGUAUCAUGUUAAAUCAUGUUUAACGCCGUGUGCAUGGUGGUGCGUAAUAUACUAUCUCUUGUCAAGGUCAUUAUCCUUGUGGCAGCCUUGAUAUUGUUGUGUAGGUGCCAGCUGGCUGAUUUUUGCUAAUUUGUGCAUGCCAUUUGCUACAUGAGAGCAUAUCUACUAGAGGGCUGCACGCCUGCAUGACGUUCGGCAGCUGUGCUGAAGACUAAUUUUAACCUACGACAAGAAAAAAAUGUACAAGGCAGCGCAGCGCCACCCAGUUGUACACCAUUGUGGUGGAGGCUGGCGCAAGGACAUACAUUUGGUCCCGCGCAUCGUGUCGCACUGGCGACACCACACUCACUCACAGUCCAGUCCAGACCUCGCACACGUUCCACAUCUGUGACCUGCUGUUCUUCCCACCGCGAAAUGUGGACGACGGUGGCGCUGGUGGUGACGGUGGUGGUGAUCCUUUUCGUCAGGGCUAACAUCAGACCGGCGGGUUUUCCUCCAGGACCAUUCUGUCUACCUUUCUUUGGCAACGCUCUCCACAUCCUGCUGUUUUCUCCAAAAGUCGCCUUCGAGAAGUUUGUGAAUGACUACGGUGGAAUCUUAAGCUUCAGGGUGUUUAACACAUGGGGACUACUGGUGAGUGACCCGGCACUGAUGAAAGCUGGACUGGCUGAUACAGCGCUGUCAGGUCGCAUUGAUCUCAUACUGUUCGAGCACCGAGACGCCAUCAUCAGAAAGAAAAAAAGUUCUCCACUGGGCAUCAUCAGCACCAGCGGCGACGUGUGGAAGAACCAACGGCGAUUCACACUGCGCACACUGCGGGAUUUGGGUUUUGGCCGCAACACGCUAGAGCCGAUCAUGCAAGAGGAGUUGGAAGAGUUGCUCAAACUGUUCCACGAGCGACAGGGAGAGAAGGUGGAUGUAGGGCUUCUUUUCAACCGGAGCAUCGUGAACGUGAUCUGGGCCAUCACUAUUGGGAAACGUUACUCCUACGACGACAAGAAGCUGGAGGAGUUGGUGGAGAAGGUGAACAAGAUGCUGCAGUCCUUCAAUCCAUUCCACCCGGCGCUCAGGUUCCGCUGGGUGAAGAAAUUGUUCCCCAACCUGACUAUAAUUCGCAACACGCAUCAAUACAUGGCGGAGCUUCUGGACUUCAUUGAGAGUGAGAUAGAAGUGUACAAGCAGCAGAAGGGGGACCAGGUGGACACGGGCUGCUAUAUUGGCGCCUACUUGCAUGAACUGGAGCAGCUCAAGCCAGACGAGGAGGACGACACAGCACUCUCGAUGAGUCACCUGAAAGCGAACAUCCUGGAGUUGUUCCUUGCUGGGAGCGAGACGACCUCCUCUACACUGUGGUGGGCUGUGUACUGGCUGGCCUCCAACCAGGACGCCCAGCGCACCAUGCAAGAGGAGAUGGAUCGAGUGGUGGGCCACGGCAACACGCCCACCAUCAGCUUCAUGGACAGGCUACCGUACACCAUGGCCACGAUCUACGAGGUGCAGCGCAUGGGUGACCUCGUUCCCUUCGCUAUCCCGCACAGAGCCACCGAGGAUACCUCCCUCGGCGGCUACCACAUCCCCAAAGGUACGCAAUUGAUGUUCAACUUGUCCCAUGGCCUCUUGAACUUCAGAUACUGGAAGGAUCAUGACAAGUUCCGCCCCGAGCAUUUCCUCAACGAGGACGGCAAGGUGUUCAAGCCAGACCACUUCAUGCCCUUCGGCUUCGGCAAGCGUGUGUGUCUUGGGGAGUCCCUGGCGCGCCUCGAGGUGUUCGUCUUUCUCGCCUCGUUAAUGCACCGUUUCUCCUGGCGGAUGUCAGAGGAGCCUGUAGUGUGGGAGACCAGCACUGUCAUCAGCCGCCCUCCAAACUUCUGCGUGUACGCCGUCAGUAGGGACCAGGAGUUGGACUGAGGCAUUAGAAUCCGCCUCGCUCCGACCCGCCUCGCCCGGUCAACAGCGCGAUGGUGAUGGUGAACUCCUGACAAGAAAAGGACGAAGAUGAAAAUUAGAAGGUGUCAGUAUGUAUUCGCCUAGUGCUGGUGAUGUUCAGGGUAGCUGCUUCUUUGAUGAGCAAUACCUUCAUAUGACAUGUUGUAUGGGUGUAUGCACAUACUAUACAGUUCAUAGUGUUUCCUGCCUGGUUCCACUUUAUCCCUAGUCAGGUUAAGCUUCUCUAUUCUAGAUGAGGAGUCGAUGUAAGGUUGGAGACUAGAUUCGUUCCGCUGUUUUAUUUUUUUCUGUCUUUGAUGUUAAACAUAUAACACGGAUUUCUAAAUUCAUGCCUGUAGAUAUUAGUGAUUAAUUUUGUAGUAGUUUAUCUAACUUUAAUCUGAUGAUAAGAUUACUUGAUUUAUUCAUGACAUCUUUUUUUUCUUUUCUCAUUUUGGCAUGCUCCGAGUACUGCAGUUCAAUUUGGAGGUCGUCGGCUGCGUUUCAUCUAAAGCUAAUGGAUCAUUCUUUAAACCCAAUAAGGUUUUUUUUUUUUUUUCUUUUCUUUUUUACCGACGGAUAUCAACUUGCAUGUUCAUCAUCGUGGAAUGGUUGGUGCGCUAGCUGUGUUGUUCAGUUGUUCAGGAGUGUCAAUAGUAAUGGGCGUCCUUUUCAUGCCGCGUCACUUUACACUAUUUCACCUUUUUUUACCGUCAAUGGCUCUUCAUUUUUUUUUUUUUUUUAUGUACACUUUAAAUUUUCUUUUAAUUCCCUUGUUUUCACGCACAUUACUCCACAUUCGACUAACAUGCGAGACGUGCUUCCUGACGACACUGCUUCUAAAGUUACCAAUGAUAAAUUAAAAACAAAAGUUAACACCUUCCUGGCAGCUCGUUAAGCUUCGUCCCAA